AUGGGUUCCCAGCUGUUGGCCGGUGGACGGCGCAUGAUCGGAGAAGGAGUGGGAGGAUACCCAGACCGCAUGGUGGGCCAGGGCCAGGGCUUCGUGCAGGGACCACCAGAGACCAAUCAAGGUGGCACUCGCAUACCGUGGCUAGUCAAGCAGCAGGACCCGGCAAGCCUUCAGGUCCUCGGCCUCCCCCUGCUCCAGACGAGGCCGCAGGAAGAGGGAGACGAAGGCUCCGUGCGAGCAAGUCCUAAGAUGGCAUCCACCUUUGCUUGCCUCGCUGUUGUGGCUCAAGCGGUGCCCCUGGAUGUGAUUAACACUCCACACUCCAGGGUAACCGCAUAUCGAACCUGGACUCUCACAGGUGCGGGCGAAACUGAGAAGAUGGAGUUCUUGCACUAUCCGGUUCAGUUCGGCAAGGGGACUGGAACGCGAGAACAGAUGUUCUGGCUUUGCGGCAUUGUGUUCGUGCAGGCCCUUCUGACAGUUGCUCGCCUGAUCUACCUUUUCGACACCCUCGGAGGUUUCUUGAUGGGAGUCGUCGCGUUUAUUGGAUGGUACUGUGCCAAAAAAGGCAUGGACAUCACUCUGACCAGCCUGUGGGGCCUAGCGAGCGGUCUCCUUUUCAUAUACGACUUCUUCGGUGCCCUUACGGGUGCAGUCGUGAACACCUUCAAGCUAGACUUCGUCAGAGUUGCAGUCCUGCUUGCCCUUCCACUGACUGACUUUCUGGCUGCCAGCUUCGGGUGGGAGCUCUUCAAGGAGCAUGAGCGGAACGGAGGACUUCUCAAGCCGAUUUUCGCGGGCGGACAGGCCGUACCUGCAAAGCGGAUGGACGAAGAGCAGGGCAUCACCAAGCCGAAGCUCGACAUAUGGAAAGGGACAGAGGGUACAGCGCCGUACCCGCCGCACGCACCUUACGGCUAUCCCGGGACCGGAAACUUUGCCGGGCAGGAGAUGCAGAACGCGGCCGAUGGCUUUGUUAAACCAACAGCCCGACAUGAGAGCAAUGUCUGUUUCUAG